AUGAUAAUAUUCUAUUUAAAAUGUUUUAAUUUAAAAUUAGGUUGUUAUGGAAGUUCAUCUCCACGUGAAUCAUCUGUAUCAUCAUCAAGUGAUAGUUUACAAUCAACAAAUAUUAAUUUAAAUGAAUCAAAUAAAGUAACAACAAGUGAUUGUUUAAUAAAAGAAACAACAUCAACAAUAGGUUCAAAUUUUUCAUUAAAUAAUAAUAAUAAUAAUAAUAAUUCAAAUGAUAUUCCAACAACAAUUUAUAAUCAAAUAACUUAUCGUAAAGGUGAUGUAAUGACAUCAACACAAUCACAAAUUCGUAAAAAAUUUAAUGGAAAACAAUGGCGUCGUCUUUGUUCAAAAGAUGGUUGUCCAAGAGAAUCUCAAAGACGUGGUCUUUGUUCAAGACAUUUAUCACAAAAAGGAAGACAAGAACAUAAUGCUCAAACAACGCUUAGUUUUGAUAGAAUUCAUUCUCAACCAUCAAUUAUUCCAUUAACAACAAAUAAUUCAUCAAUUCAUCAUGGUUAUUAUUCCGCACCACAAUCAAGAACAACAACACCACUUUUUUUUUCACAACCAUCACCAAGAUUUAUUUUACAACAAAAUUCAUUUCAAAAUGAAGAUUUUCAUUCAAAUAGUUAUCCAUCAGCUCCACGUUCAACAACAUCAGAAAUCUCAACUAAUGAAUCAUCUCAAUUAAAUCCUAUUCGAACAGUUAAUUGGCCAGAAAUUUUACCAAAGAUAACAAUUAAUAUUGAUCAAAAUCAUUUUGAUUCAAUGUCAACACGUAACAACAAAAUAAUUUAA